AUGUUUAGCAACUCCUUCUCCUAUAAUCUGUCGAGGUGUUGUCGUUAUUUACGAUUAAAGCCGAUUUCUUGCGCAUCUCCUCAGACCUCCCAAGAUCACUUCAAACGACAACUCUCCACCUUCCCUGACCUUCCUCUAUUCCGGGCUCUCGCCUCUCACGACCCCAAAUCCCCGGCGAUAAUCCACAGCGUUUCAGGGCGGUCUUUCAGCUAUGGAAACCUAGUUGACGAUACCCUACAGGCACAGGAGAACCUAACUCUUAGUACAGGGCGAGAUUCGAAGGUGCAGGGACGCCCGGUGGCAUUCCUCGCGGAUAAUAGCUAUGACUACGUGGUGACACUGCUCUCUAUUCUUGCCUCGGAUGCCAUUGCUCUCCCUCUCUCUCCUGCAUUUCCUAAUGGUGAAUUGAGAUAUAUCCUGGAUAACUCUGAAGCUGCUAUACUACUCGCCACCGAGAAAUACGCAUCAAAGGCACAGCAGGUUGCUGAAAGUGGGUUGGAGAAACGUCCCGUUGUGAAGGUCAUCAAAAAGAUCAACCCCAGUGGGAAUUCUUCUAUAGAGUGCAAAUAUAAAAAUGAAGCUCUACAGGGGGGGCUGAUGCUCUAUACUUCUGGCACAACUAGCAGGCCGAAAGGAGUGCUGUUACCUCACUCAGCCCUGACAGCGCAAGCGCGGUCUUUGGUGGAGGCAUGGAAAUACUCCCCGAGAGACCGAUUGCUUCAUCUGCUACCCCUACACCACAUUCACGGUACAGUCAAUGCAAUUCUUGCGCCACUCCUUGCCGGCUCAUCAAUCGAAUUCAUGUUCCCUUUCAACCCCACCGCCGUAUGGGGCCGAUUUGCCGCACCUUUCCUCUCAUCCCAGGUGGGUGUUCAUGCAAGCCAGCCCGUGACAUUUUUUACCGCUGUGCCAACCAUUUACAAUCGACUUCUUUCUACCCAUGGCUCUCUUUCACUCGAGAUCCAAGAAGCAGCGAAAGUUGCCAUUUCACCUAACAAUCUUCGGUUAAACAUCUCCGGCUCGGCAGCCCUGCCCACACCCACAAAAUCUGCCUGGACAAAGUUGAGCAAUGGGAAUAUCUUGCUCGAACGAUAUGGAAUGACAGAAGUCGGCAUGGCACUCAGUUGCGGUUUAGCUUUCGCAGAUCGUGUAGAUGGAAGUGUGGGGUGGCCGCUACCCUCCGUAGAAACUCGUCUCGUGGACACCGAUUCCAAUGAAGUUAUACAACUCGGGGAUGAAAUCGACAAAAGUGGCCGUGAAAGGGUAGGUGAAAUCCAAUUGCGCGGUCCAACUAUAUUUAGCGGGUAUUGGCGCAAUGAGAAAGCUACCAGUGAAGAAUUUGUUCUAGAUCUUGAUAACAAGGGGAAAUGGUUCAAAACUGGUGAUGUUGCCAUUAGGCGUGAUGUAUUCGGAUCUGGGAAGAGCUCACAGGCUUGGGCUCGUGGUCCAAUGUACUUCAUUCAGGGUAGGAAGAGCGUGGAUAUCAUCAAGACUGGAGGAGAGAAAGUAAGUGCUUUGGAAGUGGAGAGGGAACUCCUUUCUCUACCUCAAGUGGCAGAAGCCGCCGUCGUAGGCCUACCGUCCGAGCAAUGGGGCCAGAAGGUUGCUGCCGUUUUGGUUCUUGAUUCCUCCUAUUCUUCUCAUGGCCAGCAAGAUGAUGGUGCAAAAAGUAAAAAAUUCAGUGCUCUAGACAUGCGUCGUGCAUUGAAGGAUAAAUUAGCUGCAUAUAAAAUUCCACAGGAAAUGCGUGUUCUGCAGAAGGGCUUACCGAGAAAUGCCAUGGGGAAGGUCAACAAGAAAGUGCUGGUAAAGGAAAUUUUCGGAGAUAUGUAG